AUGGAGACAGAUGCGUCUAGAAAUGGAAACUUGGACGAUAAAAGCACUGUAUGCUACAGCGAAAAGGCAGGAACCGAUAUCAAUAGGUCUACCAAGUCUGGCUUGCAUCGUAUAGAUGCUGUUAACAAGGUAGUGUCGGACUAUGGCUCCUUCACAGCUUUUGGAAUCACGUUCAACUCACUGAAGAUAACUCUACUAGUAGCCCUGUUUCUGCAGGGCUACUGUACUGGACUUGGAGGGCAGAUUUCGCAAUCGAUACAAACGUACGCUGCCAACAGCUUUGGGAAGCAUUCGCAAGUUGGAUCAAUCAAUACCGUCAAAUCCAUAGUAGCUUCUGUUGUCGCUGUGCCAUACGCACGUAUGUCGGACCGAUUUGGGCGUAUAGAAUGCUGGAUGUUUGCGCUCGUGCUCUAUACUGUGGGUGAAAUUAUUUCUGCCGCCACUCCAACCUUUGCAGGACUUUUCGCAGGUAUUGUUAUACAACAGUUCGGUUAUUCUGGAUUUCGUCUCCUUGCCACAGCACUGACAGGAGAUUUAUCUGGAUUGAGGGAUCGUACGUUUGCAAUGAACAUAUUCCUGAUUCCGGUGAUUAUAAACACAUGGGUAAGCGGAAACAUCGUUAGCUCGGUGGCUGGUCAUACUACGCCAUACAAUUGGCGUUGGGGCUACGGAAUCUUCUGCAUUAUCGUGCCCUUCUCCACAUUGAUGUUGGUUCUUCCUUAUGCAUAUGCUCAGUACAUUGGCUGGCGCAACGGAACGUUACCACCGUAUAAGUUAAGAGAAAAAGGACAGAAUCUGCGUCAAACGCUCUGGAAAAUUGUGGAAGACAUAAAUUUGAUUGGAGUUAUUCUCUUCAGUGCUUUCUUGGUUUUACUAUUAUUACCUCUUACGAUAGCAGGUGGUGCUACAUCCAAAUGGAGAGAAGGUUAUAUUAUUGCAAUGAUUGUGGUUGGUGGCUGCUUGGGCUUUAUCUUUCUAAUUUGGGAAUUAAGAUUUGCCAAGAAUCCGUUCAUCCCACGAGUUUAUCUGGGUGAUCCAACUAUCUAUGUUGCACUUUUAAUGGAGUUUGUAUGGCGCCUAAGUUUACAGAUUGAGUUGGAGUAUUUGGUCACUGUUUUAAUGGUCGCAUUCGGAGAAUCAAAGUUAAGUGCCCAACGGAUAGCUCAGCUUUAUAAUUUCCUGCAGUCAUGCACUAAUAUUGUUGUUGGAAUUAUACUACAUUUCUAUCCUCAUCCCAAACUAUUUGUGGUUGCUGGAUCGCUUCUAGGAGUUCUAGGAAUGGGUCUCUUGUACAAAUACCGGGUGGUCUACGAUGGUAUUUCGGGUCUAAUUGGUGCUGAGAUUGUGGUUGGCAUAGCCGGUGGUAUGAUACGUUUUCCUAUGUGGACGCUAGUGCAUGCUUCAACCACCCAUAAUGAGAUGGCGACCGUCACUGGAUUACUUAUGUCUGUUUACCAAAUUGGAGAUGCGGUGGGUGCUUCUAUUGCCGGCGCAAUAUGGACUCAGUGUCUUGCAAAGGAGCUGAUACAGCGACUCGGCUCCAACUUAGGCAUGUCAAUUUACAAAUCACCACUGAACUAUCUCAAAAAAUACCCUAUUGGAUCUGAAGUUCGUGAUCAGAUGGUGGAAUCCUAUUCAAAGAUCCAACGCUUGUUGAUAAUUGUGUCAAUUUCAUUUGCGGCUUUCAAUGCUGUUCUCUGUUUUUUCUUGCGUGGAUUUACUGUAAACAAAAAGCAAAGCUUUUCCACAGAAGAACGAGAGAAAGAGAAGCUCAGAAUUACACAGCAAUCAUGGCUCCGUCGUGUAGUUGGAUAUUGA